AUGCCGCCCCGGAUCCGAACCGUCGAGGGAUCGUGCUGGGGGUGCAAAGAGCGCAGAGUCAUCUGCGACCUGACUUCCCCCGCCUGUGACAAGUGUACGAAGAUCGGAAGACCCUGCGACUACGGCAAAGUCAGGCUGCGAUGGACGGACUGUGUGGCCUCGAGGGGCCGCCUGGCUGGGAAGAAGAUUCCCUUGUAUCAAGCGCCUAUUCUGCAGAAGAAUGCCGAUCACCAUAUCCUCUACUUUGAGAACGAGCUGCUUCCGCGGUUCAACCUAUCCAACACGGUCCCGCGCGUGGAUCUGAAGUUGCUCUCAGCAGAUCCGGUCCUCCUGCAGUCUGUUGUUGCCGUCGCAAAUGCCCACGCAACCUACCGAAGCGCGAACGAAAAGGCGCUCUCGCUGUCGAAGAUCCAGGACCGGAACAACGCGCUAAGGAUGUUUAGGAAGCAGCUGAUGGGCAUACAAACGGACGAAUCUAACAACGCUCUCUUCACCGCCAAUGUGCUGCUCUGCAUCCUCGAUGGAAUCAUCGAACCCAUCACCGAAAGUUCCGCCACGCAUCACCACCUCAUGGGGGGCAAGGCGAUCCUCAAACAAUGGAAGGGCGUGCGGCACGUAUUUCAGGCGAAAUACGAGCUUCCGAUUUUGAUGCUGUCGAUUUUUGCGACGAUGGAUCUCACUCACGCUAUGCUGAUUGGAGACGAUCCCUACUUUGAUGCAUCCUCGUGGCCUGAAUUUGGGGACUGCAAGCCUUGGUGGGGAACUGUGAAAUCGGACGACGACUUCCUCGAGACGAUGGCCAUCCUGUCCCAGCUGUCUACACUUGGUCACGAAGUGCGCCAUUUCAGAGGCACGGCGCCCAUCGGGAUCCUUCUCUCGAUCCAGAAUGCUCUCGAGCAGCAAGCAACUCGACAGGAAGAGGUUGGGCAAACCAAGGACCAGAAGGCUUGGGCGGCGUUCUGCGCGACCUACCGACUCACAGCCUCUGUGUAUCUCUACAGAGCCCUCAGUGCGCUUGAUGUGGACCACCCUCUCGUUCAGCAGGCUGUGUCGGAGUGCAUGACAGUGAUUGGUGGGCAUGAUCUCACCGACAAGCUCCACCAUUGCAUUCUCUUCCCCGUCUUGAUUGUCGGAUCACACAGCUUGGACAGUGCGCAGCGAUUUGCAAUCCGGAAGAGCAUAGCCAAGACAGCAAGCUACUUGUCGUUCGAGGCUCUUCGAUCGCUCGAGUCCUUCCUCGAAAAGCGUUGGGACGAGUUGGACACUUCCGUCGCAUGCAGACAGGCGAAUUGGUGGAUGUACUUCGACGAGAUCGCAAACGUGACAUGCUUGUUCUGA